AUGCAUUUCCCCUUCCUCGACAGUCUGCUGAAUAUAUUACUGGUCCUAAUAUUAUUUUUUACUAAGUCAUCAUUUGUGAAAGCAGAUGAGAUUCAAGUUCCAGAACCAUUGACCACUAAUAAUUAUAAGAAAGAGUUAAGUAAAGGGUUACAUAUCGUUGAUUUUUACAGUCCUUAUUGUUCUCAUUGCAAAGCUUUAGAGCCAAUUUGGAACGAUGCCUAUAGAGAGUUUUAUGAGGAAAGUCAGAAAUUAAAUAUUCACUUUUCAAAAGUGAAUUGUAUUGAGAGUGGGGAUAUAUGUGAUAUGGAGCAAAUUACAUUUUUUCCUAAUAUCAGAUUAUAUGGUCCCUCUGGUUUUAUUAAAAAUUAUCCUAAUGAGGCAAAAAGGUCUAAGGAGAGUCUGAUACAAUUUGCUAGGGAAAGUGCAGCCAAUAAGGAUAAUUUCAAAAAAACAAAGGUUAAAAGUUCAAGUAAAAACAUUUCAGGCAAAGAGUUAGAAGGAUUGAUUGAAAAUAUGAAUUCAAAAGAAGAAGGAAUUUUAGUUUCAUUCUGGCCAUCUAAAAAUAUGAACAAGUCUGAUCAAGAAACAGUAUUUGAAGGAUGUGAAAGCUGCUUGACCUUCCAAAGGACAUGGAGUGCCGUUUCCAAGUUUGCUCCAAACAAAAAUGUUGAAGUAUACCAUGUCAAUUGUGAAGCCUAUAAAUCUUUUUGCGCAAAAUACGGUUUUAAACAUCUUACUGAAAGAAGUUUUAGUGAAAAAGAUCCUGGAGUUGCUUUUAUUCUUCCAAAUAACCAUAUGAAACGCUUUUGGAAAUAUUGUAAACCAUUGAGUUUCGAACCUAGCACGUACAUCGACUGGGCUACGAGAUUAAUAUCUAAUAGUAAAGUUCCUGAAAUAUCUAUUGAAGAUAUAUUAAAAAAAGAAAAUACUAAUGUUAUUACUUCAUUGUUAUCUAAUAAUUUGGAAACAUUUAACACUCGUGUAACGUAUGUUAAAGAUAGGAACAAUUUAGCUUUAUCAAAAGAAUCUAUGGAAUCAAUUUCCUCCUUAGAUGUGGAAUUACUGCAGACUAAUUAUGAGUUCCUAGAUAACAUUGAAGAAAUAUUUGCUCCAGUUGAAAAAAUGAUAAACUAUAAUGAAACAGAAGGACUAAAAAAGUUUGAUAGGAAUUAUAUAAAUUUGAUUAAAAACAUAAAUUUACCUGCAUAUAUGAUAUGGAAAGAGGGAAAUUUCAUUCCUGCAAUAGUUUCAGCAGAUAUUGCUUGCAGUGAAAGUUGUUUAUUGGACCUGUUAUUAAAAAAGCUUGAUCAGUUACGCUACUCAACUUAUUCAAAACUUCCUAAGACUACUAAAGAAAUGAAAAAACUCUUUUCUAAUAGGCAUAAUCGAUACGUUGUAUUACAGGUUAUCGAUAAUAAUGAAGAGAAUGAAAGUAUUAAGUUUUUAGGUAAUUUGUCAGUUGCUGCAUGUGAUUACUUUUAUACCUACAGUAACUACAUAGUGGAUCAAUUAAUGUUAACAGAUAACCAUAUUAAGAGUCUUUUUGAAAAAAUGUCAACUAAGAUUGAAUUGAGUAUUAAUGAGAAAAAUGAUUUAAAAAGUAGCUUUGAUAAAAUUGAAAAACAAGAUAUCGACUUUAUGUUUGUUGAUAUCAAAGAAGAUUUGACUUUUAAAGAUAGAUUAAAAUUACCGGAAAGGCCAGAAGGAUAUAUUGAUGGAGACAUAAUCAUUAUUGAUAAGAAGCGUCGUAUAUUUUACACAAAAAAUGCAUUGGGUAACAAUCUAAAUUCCCUUUCGAAAUACGACUUGAAGGAAAGCUUACUCACACUAACACUACCAUCUUACUCACAUUCAAAGAUUGCAUUAGAUAGUCGUAUGCCUCUAAAUGCAUUUCAUCCAGUUAUAUGUAUAGUUGGUGUUUUCCUACUGUUUUUCUUAUAUAAGUUUAGACGUUCGAUUACAAAGAUCCAUUUAGGGAAAAAGAAGCAAGAGGGGAUUAUAUUAGGUAAUUUUAAAGGAACUCUUAAAGAUUAA